GACUCAGCGGUGUUUGGUCGUAACGUCUCUGGCGGAACCCAUCAAGUCUGAACUGAUCCUAGACUAGCUAACUCUGAGCGAGCCUUACCCGGGAGCCUUAAAGUUUGUGUUUUGAGUCACAGACACUCAGAGGGCUGGAGACGAACCACACGGAAAAAUAACGAUUCAGGAGUGAAAAUCAUGGCAUACAGCGGCACGGUUGGUGACCCUCUCUCUCCAGAGUCCACAGUGACUUCCCUGCUAUCGAGCUCAGGUCAUCUGAGGAGCAGCCUGCUGCCUCCUGAGCACAGCACCACCUUCAGAUACAGAGACAAGGACUAUGACUCAGCCUCAGCAGCAUUGGAUGCCUACAUUGCAGACUUUGAGAGGACAAACAGCAAGUCACUGACAGGAGAACUAGUUCUGACCGUGUAGUCUCCCCUUCACGCUGAGCAGGCCCAGAGUGAGCACACUCAGAAACAAAGAUGUUCUCAGGGAAAGUUUGACUGAAAGGGAGCUGGACUUCCUGAACCUCCCCGUUAGCUCUCUCCAUCACAGCGCCAACCGAGACAGACUCUCUAUGACAACGGACGAGCUGCUGUCUAUCCCAUAUGACGGCUCGAUGCCUGUCACCCACACAUCUGCCUUCAUCCAAGGUCUCCUGCCCCAGUCUGGAGCCUCCCAGCACCACUGCUCCUCCUCCAAUCCAGGACAUAGGUCCUGUGCUAGCAGCAGUCACAUCACUCCCCAACUGAACCACCACCACUCCCACCCAAUCAGGACACCCAGGAGCUCCAGGUGCAGAGGACGACGUAGAGCAGCCACAUUUAAAACAGCUGAUGACAUAUUCUCCAUGAGCAGUUUAAAGUCUACAGACACAGCAGCUGGGUCAGCGUGUGCAGAGCCGUCCUCAUUGCUCCACCUCCCUCACUGGUUCACCAGCAACAAGGCGGACAUGGACUGCUCUGGAAUAAGCAGCAUGCCUGACCUGAAGUACCCAGCAUGGAUCCAGCACUGUGACUGCAGUGAGCUGCCACCAUCCCCAGAGUCAAACCUGUGGGAUGACCACGGUGGUCUUCCACCUGCAGCUCCCAGAACCGGAGCUCCAUCUUGGGUAGCAGAACUGGAGGAUAAUGACCCUGACCAGGCAUGUUCACAGGUUGACAGUCAGCAGACUCUCCGAGAUCUGAGGCUUCAGUUUGCUGAACAGAUUUCGCUGCUCGCUGCUGAGAGAAAAAGCUCUGACACCAUGGAUCCUCUGUUUAGGGACAACAAGAUCGAGUCUCUGAUCCAGAAAGCAGAUCGGGUGUUGAACUCUCUGUCUCACAGUUGUGAAGGAGGAGACAAUCCUGCAGAUUCAGUUAGUCCAGUGAACACCGAGGAGCUGCUGUACGGUUCACCGUCACACUGUCCUUCGUUCACUCCGAACUCAUUAGCAGCAGCAGCACGGGGCAGCACAGAGGCUCUGACUGACAGAGGAGCUCAGAUCCAGGAUCACAGUGUCCACAGCAGUCCCUCCCAGACAUUGGGCUGCGGUCUCCAUGGAAACAGCAUCUGGAAGCAGCCUGGUCCAGUGGAAGCUUUAAAACAGAUGCUAUUCAGACUGCAGGCAGUAGAGUCAAAGCUUCAGCAACAAGAAGAAGCAUCAGUAGCUCCAACACUGACUGACAGGCUGCAGACAGAGAAGACUCCAGUAAAGCAGAGGCAUGAAUGUGAAACAGAGCUUGAGAGUAUUUCUGGUGGACUGUCACUACACAGAGCUCUGCAUCACCUGAGCCGUCUGAAGCUUCUGGUGGAAGAACACCGAAAAGAAGAAGAAGAGAAGGAUGAAGAUGAAGGACGCUUCUCUUCUUCAUCUGCUGACGGACUCAUCUGCACUCAGCAGAAACCCUCCUGAAGCUGAAGGCCUGUUUAUCAGAGCUGGGGUAUUCCUGUCAGCGCUUGCUUCAGCCUGUGUUCUCACUGUACUCUUGCUGGUUUUGUCAGUCAGGCAGCCAAAGAUGACAGUGAAUCUGGAUGAAGUCUGCUCUGGAUUUGUAUUUUAGAUGAAAAGGUGUCAUGCAUCUGAACACUAACAAAGCACAUGGACCGAAGCAGACUUAUCAGGAGAUAUAUAAAAUGUGUGCUGACGUUAAGUGAAGUGUUACAGACUGAUGGAAGCUGUGAAAAACCUCAAGUACAGUUGUCUGCUCUGAUGGUUGAAUGACACUGAAAAUAACAAACAUGGCCAAUGAAAGAAACAGUCAGGGGUCAGGUGGGGUUUUUGUUUACUUGUGAUGGAGCUAAGCUAGCAGUUUCCCUAUCUUUCAGUCUUUGUGCCAAGCUAAACAUGUCAUCAUUUUCAUUUUGAACUUUAUGUCUCAGUAUGAUUUGGAUAGGAAACAGAAAAUCAGAUUAUUGACCCAGAAGUAUUUUUAUUUGCUUUUUGCUUCUAAACCAACGACUGUCAGUGUUUCUUAUAUUCAGACAGAUAACAACAGCACCAAGAAACAUGUAUGUUGUAACAGAUUUAUCAGCUUGUCUUCAGCUGCUCUGAGCUCAGCUCACAUUAAAACAUCUUACUUCACUACC